UAAUCUUCCAGUUGACGUUUUUGUGGCUAUAUUAAACGAAGGAUAUUCUAGGUUUAACGAAGCUGAUAUGACUAUAAAGGGAAACGAUAUGGAAUUGUUCCGUUUUUUAUCGGCUGGACCAUUAGUCAUCAGUCAAGCAGAAAGGAAGCUGAAAGAAAAUAUAAAAACACAAGCACCCGAAGAAUAUCCCCCGAAAGACGGAUAUGAAAACGAUAGGCAAUUAAACGUAAUUGCUCGUUCCAUCCUAAUUUAUCCUGAUCUAGUAUUGUUGUGGAAAUCGAUAGGUUACGUUGAAAUAUGCAGGGAUGUGAAUGAUCUAGUCUUACAGGGUGCAUUAUUAAUUCUAUUUCCCCAAAAUCCUUCGGAAUCCUACAUUCUUCCUAAUGUUAGUGACGUUGUUUAA